AGAGGGAGAGGGAGAGAGGGAGAGGGAGGACUCUUCUCUCUCCAGCAUCAGACGCGAGGGAUGCGCUUCAUCUCCUUCGGGGUCUCGAUGGAUGGAGCGACAGGGUCAUGAAGGUGACCACCACCUCUGGGUUGGAUUUAGGGGGCCAUUACCGCAGAAGGAGCAUAUCCAUAAUUAAUAAGCGCGAGUCGGAGAUCCUAGAAGCGAAGCGCAAACACCGGCGAGUCAUGUCACCAACCGACAGCGCUUCCAGAGGAGCUGACGAGGAGGACAAAGGAGGAUGAAGGAGGCAGAGGAGGAUUAUAAUGAAGCUGAGUGGCAAAGGACUGUGCACUAUCGUCUCCAGCUGUGUGCUUUUCGUGUGUGCCGUGAGCGCGGUGAUCGUGGGAUUCAAAUGCAUCGCGUUGGGCUCCAGGGUGCGAGCGCACUUCCAUCUGGGCACCGCGGCCGGCGCGUUUUACUCGGGCAUUUUAGUGGCUGUCGGGCAGGUUCUGAUGGGAGUUGCGCUGGUCUUUUGCAGGGGGAAGCCCAGAUGUGCGAAUUUUUUCCUCUUUGGGAUUUUAGUGUUUCUUCUAGGGGUUCUCACUGCGUUUUCGGGCGCGGUGGUGGAUGGCGAUACGGUGUCCCUGGUGGAGAGGAAAUACGCGCACUAUUGCGCGGACUCUGUGGAUGUAAACCCGGCGUGCGAUGGGCUCAAGGUGUACCAGCGGGGUCUGGUGGUCUCCACUGUACUUAACACUCUGGAGUGCCUACUAGGGCUGAUGAACCUGAUUAUUAUUAAGCGUUACCACGCGGCGCGGUUUCGCCGGAGACGCAGGACGCAGCGUCGGAGCGCGCGCAUUAUCCUCAACGAGGAGCGAGACUUCACGGUAACGGAGUUUCAGCCGGUGUCCUACAUCAACCUGGGGGUGUUUCACGCGUUGGACGAGGCGGACGGAGAGGUGCAGAGCAGGGGUCACCCGUGCAUGGAGUUACCGGGCUUUUCGCCCACCAAUCCGGAGCUUAAUCACUCGUACCCGUUUUCGUACCCGCUUCACAGCGAGAUGCCUCCAGCAUACGAUGACAUAUUCCCUGGAGAAGAGAGCAGCAAAUAACAGAGGAGAGCUAUACACGAGGAACCGUUUUGCACUGACAAUCACGCUGAACUUGGAAUUAGCACGUUUAUUUAUAGUUGCCUAAUGUACUUUUUACAGCCGACACUCUUUAGUUGUGCAUAAACUACAGGACAAACCUAUGAGAAGGUGUACGUGCUGAAAGGAUUAUGUGCAACAUUUGUUUUUGUUUUGUUUUUGACCUCUCUGACUGACUGAUUGUAUUCUCGGUUCAUCCCAUGUCAAAAUCCCAAAGGUUUGUGUGUACAGGAUUCCCAUUGGAAUUUUUGUCAUAGUUUGGAAUCUGUCCUAAAGGAUCCUGGUUUUCUUACAGUAUUCCAGCAGGGCACAAAACAAAAAGAAGCUGCCAACUGAGCAAAAAGAACAUAUGAGAAGGUAAACGUGAUAGACGUAUGCAUCAUGUAAGUUUUGUUUUGUUUUUGACCUUCCUGAUUGAUUGUAUUCCCAGUUCAUCUCUAGUCAAAAAGGUUUGUGUACAGGAUUCUGCUGGGAUUUGUGUUGCAAUUGGGAAGCGAAUGACCCUAGGAUCUGUUUUACAGUAUUCCAGCAGGGCACAAA